UCUGGGUCCGCAUUCUUCGUACUUGAUUUACCAAUCCGGAAACGGCUAGCGGUCGGACAUCUUGAGGAUUGAUUUCGGGAAGGCCAUCAGCUGGAGGGGAAUGGAUCGUAACGAGGUCACGAAAUGCAUAAACGGAAGAGAAUCAGUUCCCCCAGGCUUGGAUGGAUUGUUCCACGUCUUUUCAUCCACAAGUGUCCACACCGUUUCCACCUGACAAUUCCCUCUCGCGUGCAAUCAAACCUUCUUGGAAAACGACGACUGACCAAUGCCAAUGUAUCUCGCGGCGUUCGCCAAAACCAGACCGUCGACGACAGUCAUUUGGUCGAAUUGCAGCGCGUUCGCGAUCGCCGCAGCCUCCGGGUCUAGGAGCUCCCACUUCAGGCGGGGGUGCGAUAAACAGUUCCAUCCCUGGCAUCCAGUCAACGGAGGCUUCGGCAGGCAGUUGCUGCGGCGGGAUGCUGUCUACAACGGUCCCUCUCAGUACUCUUCAGCGUGUCCCAAAUCAACGCCCGAGCUGGCACUGUGACGGACGCGUACAUCCAGUACGUACUCAGGCCGAGGCGUCGUCCGAACUCGAAGCCAGUAGCGCACAUCUGCCAUUUAUUAGCUUGAACGAACGCAAACAAAUGUCUAACGACGGCGGCUCUUCGGUCACCGCCGGCGUCGUUGUCAGCUCCCCAGCUCAGCUUCGCCUCCUACUCGAGACACACGCUUCCGUUUUGGCGCUGGCCAACGUCAGCGACAGCGAAUUGCAUCUCGACUUUCGUCAGCCACUCACGCCCACUGAACUGCCCGCAUUCACCUGGCUGUCCAUAAUCUACCUGUGUUCCAAGCAGCGGAGCUGGCAGCCUGCGCAUGAAGAACGUCACAAGCUCCCGCCGCCUGUGUGGCAGUGGGUUGAAGAGCUCGCCUUUCUGGAUGCACCACAGACUAAAGACAUCGCGGACGUUGCGCUCAGCGUUUUUGCCGAGCUGCGUAACGUCUGCCUUUCUUGGAUCGCACCCGUCGGCCUGCGUAGGGCCGCGUCCAUCUGGAACGCAGCAUUUACGCUUGGAGAUGAAAAGUUCAGAAUGUCAGACGAACUGCUCCGGACCGCCUGGUUCACCAUUCGAGGCCCUGCGCUUGGGGAUUUUCGGUACAAGGAUGAGGUUCGCUUGGAACUGGAUCCAGAAUUGAUACCGGUGCCUUCGUCAGAUCCGACGCCAACUUCGGGUCGUUCCGGUCGUUCCACGUCUCGGCGAUCCCUCUGUCGCCCUUUAGACCCUCCCGGUUCUAUCCAAGCGGAAAAUACCUCAGUAGUUUUUAGGCGAAAGGUCACCUACUUUCAGCCUUGCAUGAGCGAUUGCCGCUGGAUUGCAAACGAAAAGCUCAUAUUCAACAAUAACAAACAGCUCAUAUUUGUCGACAACAUCGGGAGGCGACACACAUGGGGAAGCACACUUUUGGACAACCAGUUUUUUGUCUUUGCUGUUGGCAUUCUUUGGGCCGUGGAGCGCGCUCAACGGAUUCAGGACGUAGAUGAUUCACAUACAAGUCUUCCCAAAGGACUGCUUUCGUCCGUGUGGUUCGACGGUGAAUGCAGCGAGGGCAAGACACUGGCUUGCGUCCAGCUGGAGAUGUCUCAUCCAUUUCACUGCGCGAUGUGUCUCACCGAUGAUCGGCCCCCUGAUAGCCACCAGCGCAGAAAGCUCCGGAAUCACCGGAGCGCGAUAGAAGUCGGUUUCCCUUGGAAUUGCCCGUUUAUCAGCACUGCUGGAAGUAUGUGGUCCACACUGAUUGCUACGUCGCCAGUGAGGAGGGCAAAAAAGCUCACAUUGACCGCUGCACCUGGAGGGACGGGACGAUCGUAACGCGUUUUACUGAGAAUUUUGAAUGCCCUGGUUAUGCUGCGGCACGCCAGCCACAAGCAAGCCUUGCUCACUUGCCUGAGGAGAUCCUGCACGAGGUGCUGAAGCAUCUUACUGAUCUGAACAGUUUUCGACGCUUAUCAAUGACAUGCCGCGCGAUACACGGGCUGCUCCGGAAUUACACUCAAGUGUACGGCGACGCAUUGCAUU